CUCCUGGACUUUGGGUUACAAAACACACAACUCAUGCCCCUCUACAGUAUAUAUACUGACUUCUAAAACAGACUUGCACACGCACAGCUGGUGGCUGACAGAACAGACUCAAAGCAAUAAUUAUGAAGGUCUUUUUGGUACUGGUUCUUGCUGUACUCACAGGUUGCCAGGCCAACUUGUUGUACGGUGAUGAGCCCAAACCACAACUGGAGAAACUGACUGAUGCUUUCUGGGACUAUGUUGCCAAGGCAACACACACUGCUGAGGACACACUGAAAACGAUUAGAGAGUCUCAACUGGGCCAGGAAGUCAACACUAGACUUACAGAAGGUGCUAAUGUGGCCAUUGAGUAUGCUGUCACUCUCCAGAAACAAGUGAACCCUCUAGCCCAGGACAUCAUAACCAAAUUUACCAAGGAGGCUGAAGUUCUGAAGGAGCGUCUCAAGCAGGAUCUGACCACCGUGAGAGACAAACUGGAGCCCUAUGCUGAUGAUUUGAAGACCCAAAUUCAGCAGAGAGUGGAGGAGCUGAGAGUAGCUGUGGCUCCUUAUGCUGAGUCCUUUGACUCUGAAGCUCUGAAAACCACAGUGCUGCAGAAGACCGAGGAGCUCAGGGGGAGUCUGGAGGAGAAAGUGAAGGAGCUGCAGUCCCAGCUGGAGCCCUACACUGAUGAACUCAGACAGAAAGUAGAUCAGCACCUGCAGGAAUUCCAGAAGACCGUGGCCCCUCUGACUGAAGAUCUUCAGGCCAAGGUUGCUGAGAGAGCCACUUUGGUUCAGCAGGGUCUGGCUCCCUAUGCUGAGGACCUGAGAGAGAAACUGGACCCUUAUGCCCAGAACCUGAAGGACCAGCUCACCUCUCUUUAUGAGUCCUUCACCAAGCCCAACUAAAUACUCUAAACACCACAUUUCCACCACUGGAUUAAUUUUACACUCAUGAAAACUGGUAAAACUACCAUUCUGUAUUUUGAUAUAAAUCCCAUCAUUUUGCAAAAAUACAAAAACAAACUGUUAAACUUGCUAAAGGACCAGUGAAUUUCUCCUGUGCCAGGAACAUUAAUAUCAAAAUGUAUCUAUGUAUUAAUGGCAUGCUUCUAAGGAGCUGUUUGUCCUUUGUGAACAUGUUUUGUAUCAUGUCUAAAGCAAUAAUAUAUUUCCAUUUCUUGCAUAUAUCCUAUAUUAAAACAUCUGCCAAAUUGAAUGUGUAAAAUAUUUGUAUAAAUAUUAUGUUAUUAUGUUCUUUGAAUGUUGCGAAAAAGAAAACCAAAUGGUUUUUAUAGAUGUAAAUCAAUCUAGUAACAGUACUGUUUUGACAGAUUCUAGCUGUUCUAAUGAACUAGGGCUACUACUAGUCAGUUCUGUGGUGUUCAAAUGAAGUAUGUUAUAUUAAAUAUUUAAAAGUAAACAGUUAGUAGUGCAUUUACAAACAAGAAAUAAUAAAAGAUGUCCAGAAAUCUUGUGGAGAUGCAUGUAAAUGACAAAUUCUUAAAAAAAACAACAACCAAAAACAAAACAAUAAAACACCACCACAACAAACAUUUCUUUGCCAAUUGUGACAAUGGUCAUAAAAAUUCAUUACAGUUUAUUUAUUGUGAAGUGUUUAUUAUUGUUUUAAUAAACAUGUUUUAGAUGAAUUAAAAUCUAUUUCUGAGUACAUCUCUGGAAUAUUGCAGCACAUUGUUUAGUGAAGUUUACUGAUGAUCCUCUUAUGAGAUGGUAGAAUGAACGUUUCACGAGUAGUAGGCUAUUGUUAUGGUAUGAAACAAGUGGAAAGAUCCCAUAUAUACCAUAGCAAGCUUUCCACAUAGCAGCUUGAUACUAUGGUUGGAACUACAGGUGACCUGCCCUUCAAAGCUGGUGAUAGCCUGCUCUCAUCUCUUCUGCAAUGAGUAUAGGCUUAACAUUACAAUGUUUUUCAAGU